GAGCGAUAUAAUCUGGAAAGUUAGCUGGACUUUCUUUCUCGUGCCGCUCCACUACUUUUCACAAGACCCAGUUGUUGGCACAGGCUGAGCGAGUCUCUGGCUGACAUUUUAACCUUUCAACAAAAACCUUGCCUUGGUGAAGUCUCCAGUCGGAAAAAGGAAAGAGAGAGAGAGAGAGAGAUGGCUUGUUUCACAUCCUGCACCUUGUGGAUCCGGUUCUUUCUUCUCCUGGAUGGAUGUAUUGCAGCUUAUCUCCAGCAAGCAACUUCUGAAUCAGAAGACACCAGGAACUGCACAGUCAUUCCUCCGCAUCUGCCUCCUACGGUGACCAAUACGAGCGAGCGGCUGAGGGCGCUGCGGCUGCACAUGCAGGCUCACAACCUCUCAGCCUACAUUGUCCCUAAUACAGAUGCGCACAUGAGUGAGUACAUUGCAGAACGGGACAAGAGGCUAGCCUGGAUGUCGGGGUUCACAGGAUCAGCAGGAACUGGCGUGAUCACUCUGCAGAAAGCUGCCCUCUUCACAGACAGCCGCUACUGGAUCCAAGCCGAGCGCCAGAUGGAUUGCAACUGGGAGCUAGAGAAGUCAGGCUGGAUUGAGACUAUUGGACAGUGGAUACUUCAAGAAGUCCCUGUUGGGCAACGAAUUGGGUUGGACCCUUACCUUUUUUCCAUUGCUGAUUGGGAGAGCUACAGCCAAAUCCUGGAGGGUUCCAAUAGGAUCCCUGUUCUCAUAGAGGACAACUUGGUGGACCGCGUAUGGGGCGCCCAGAGGCCUUCUCCUCCCACCAACACCAUCUACCAUCUCGAGGACAAAUUCAUUGGGAGUACCUGGAAGGAGAAGGUUUCCCACAUCCGGACCCAGAUGGAGGACCACGACAGGAAACCCACCGCUGUCUUGCUAUCGGGUCUUGAGGAAACGGCCUGGCUCUUCAACCUUCGAGGAGACGACAUCCCUUACACACCCGUCUUCUACGCUUACACGCUUCUCACCAAGACAAACAUCAGCCUUUUUGUGAACCAGAGUCGGCUGAGCGAAGAGGCAGCCCGGUCCCUGGCUGCUGAGUGCCCAGGGCCCCUGUGCGUGAGGGUGGAAGAGUACGGACAAGCAAGUGCCAACCUGAGAAGCUAUGCCCAGCAGGUCGGCGUUCACAUCUGGAUUGGAACGGAGUACACCAACAUGGCGCUCUAUAGAGAAAUCCCUCUGGAAAAGCUCCUCGAAGAGGUUUACUCCCCUGUCAUGAUCAUCAAAGCAGCCAAGAACCCCAAGGAGCAGGAGAUGAUGCGGGCUGCCCACGUCCGAGACGCCGUCGCCGUGAUCCAGUACUUGGUCUGGCUGGAAAAGAACGUCCCCUCCGGUUCUGUGAGUGAAAUCUCCGGUGCAAAUUACGUGGACCAGUUGCGGGGGAAAGAAGAGUACUGCCGUGGUCCCAGUUUUGAGACGAUCUCUGCCAGUGGACUGAAUGCAGCUCUGGCCCAUUACAGCCCAUCCCAUAAUACCAGUCGACCGCUGACAGUGAAAGAAAUGUACCUGGUGGACUCCGGAGGCCAGUAUUACGAUGGAACAACAGACAUAACCCGGACUGUCCACUGGGGGGAGCCCACAGCUUUGGAGAAGGAAGCCUACACGCGGGUUCUGAUGGGGAACAUUGACCUGUCCAGGCUCGUCUUUCCACCCAGAACAUCAGGCAGAAUGGUGGAAGCCCUUGCUCGCCGGUCCUUGUGGGAAGUCGGGCUCAACUAUGGCCACGGAACGGGCCAUGGCAUUGGCAACUUCUUGUCUGUCCACGAGUGGCCUGUCGGCUUCCAGGCCAACAAUGUACCCUUGGAUAAGGGCAUGUUCACCUCCAUAGAACCCGGUUAUUACCGUGAUGGCGAAUUUGGGAUCCGUCUCGAGGACGUUGCACUCGUGAUACAAGCAGAGACUAAGUACCCAGUGCCCAAAGAGCCCUUCCUGACUUUCGAUGUGGUCUCGUUGGUGCCCUAUGCACGGAAUCUCAUCGAUGUGGACCUCUUGUCAAUGGACCAGAUCCAGUUCAUCAACAAGUACUACGAGACCAUCCGUCAGCGCAUUGGGCCCGAACUACAAAGACGCAAAUUGGAUGAAGAGUACCGCUGGUUGCAGCAAAACACAGAGCCCCUUUCGCAGUCAUUCCUGCUGGCUGCCUCUCUUGGUACCCUAGCUAUGGGCACCCUGGCCUCUACUCUUCUGCCUGGGGCAUAGGACAGAGUCUGGGGCAACACACUACCUCACCGCUCCUAAUCCCUGUGCAUAAGUCUGCCUCUCAGUGUCGAUCUAUCUCAGUCCCUUGUCAUUAUCUUAAGGGUCCAUCUCUGGCCUCCAUUGCUACCAGACCUUCUCCCCAACAGGUUUGGGGUCAGGACUUACCAUGGUCUCCUUCCUCCAGGCCAGAAAGUGUACAAAUACCCUCGUGCUUCUGUCUUGAACCAGCAAUUCCUAGCCAAGAUGGAGCACAACUCUGUGAGAGAGGGAGAAAGAGUGACUGUAGUCUCAGACUCCCCUGAGAAUCUGGAGGAUCUGAGCUCACCCUAUGUUGCACAAGAGUGUAAUAUUGGGUUCGUGGGCACGUUUGGAGGUUUUAAUGUGUGGUGAGCACUCUCACAAAAUGGCUGCCAUGGUGGGCAUGGCCAAGUACAAAACACUUGAAGAAAAAGAGAGAAGUGUACUCUGGUGUUGAAUAAAAUUAGAAAUAUUUAAUGGUAAUUUCCUGAAUAAAAAAAUCAUAAUUUAAAAAAGACAAAUUGACGCGUACAACUGAUGCGUACAGUAGCAAGUCAACAUUGCUUGUUGCAGCUCAAGCAGUCCUUCUGAGGACGAUACAGGGAAGGAGAUUCAGCAUUUGUUAUAUAAACGAACUUUGACGACGGUACAGCUCCUGAUGAAGGACCUAAGGGCCCGAAACGUCGAGCUAUUGUACGCGUCAAUUUGUCUUUUUUAAAUCUACGAUUUUUAUUGAGGAAAUUACCAUUAAAUAUUUCUAAUUUUAUUCAACACCAGAGUACACGUCUCUCUUUUUCUUCGACUGUCAUUGGUGUUUUUGACCCCUUGUCCACGGCCAAAUACAAAACACCCCCUUCCCCAAUGGAAUGAGCGUCUAAGGCAGCCUUUCUCAACCUGGGGCGCUCCAGAUGUGUUGGACUACAACUCCCAGAAUGCCCCAGCCAGCUCUGCUGGCUGGGGCAUUCUGGGAGAUGCAGUCCAACACAUCUGGAGUGCCCCAGGUUGAGAACCACUGGUCUAAGGCCUUCCUUCGUUCUCACUGCAGCCUGUGUCAAAGUCAUGUUUGUCCCAACUGGGAAAACAGACAUCUUGAGAUUCAUAUAAUCUUUUCACACACACACAUUUAUAUUUGACGGCAGAAUUGAAUAGUCCAGUAUGUUGGAAACUGAAAGGGUUAAAGAAAAAUCGAAUGAAUUGGCUUGCAAAGUCAACACUCCCCUCUGCAUAGGGCAUAGAUCCUCUUUUACAUGUUCCCUCGACUAACUAACAGAAACACUCAAUACAAAAUUAAACUCUACAGUUGA